AUGGUCUAUCAUGGACCCAGUGGUGGCUGCAAAGCAUGCAGAACUCGUCGGGUAAAGUGCGACCAAUCAAGGCCAUCCUGUCACAAUUGUAUUCGCCGGCGCCAGAAUUGUCCUGGCUAUGCGGAUGUAUUCGACGGAGCUCACAGAAGCCAGAACAGUAUUGUCUUGCGGCGAGUCGAGAGGCAGAAUGCUUUGCGAGACUCGACGCCUAACAGCGACAGCCCAAGCAGCAACAACUCCGCCGAACAUACGUCUUCAGAAUCAACACCAUCCAGCACAGGCAGUACGAGUGCACCUAGUUCGAAGCCUGUCAGAAAGCCUUUGCAAUGGGUCAUCUAUUCCGCUCCGGUGACAGAGAUUGAAACAAAGCAUGAUGAUUCAGAGGCAGCGGGAAAGAACGAAAAGAAUGCGAUUGUUCGACCGAGACACUCAAUUCCGCCCAUGUCGAUCGCUUUGAAGCCAGACUCUGAAGAAGCUUCGACGUGCUUUUUCUUUCGACACUACACCGGCACCGUCUACGACGAAAACGUUCACAGUGGCUUCGCUCUUAUGUGGCAGCCACUUUUCCUCAAGUCCUCUGUGGAUUCUCCCCUACGGGCAGCCACAACCGCGUUCACCGUCAACAUAACCAUGAUGUGGUGCUUGCAAGGCUGUGACACUCGACCUGCGCGAAAGCUUUUGACCAAAGCAAUUUCCGCGACACGGCAAGCUAUCCAGAACCCCACGCCAGAUAAAAUGGACGAACUACUCAUGACGAUCCUCAUCUUUGACCUCUACGACUCCAUGGUCCAGCACUACGUCCCCACGCCUGUGUCCUCUGGGAAGCACAAGGAAGGCGCUCUCGCUCUAGCCCAACUCAGGGGCAAGACGAAUUAUGACAAUCCCUUGACCAAAGGGCUUGCCAACGCGACUCGUAGCGCCCUUCUGACCCACGCUCUGGGAGCUCGGACGCACCUUAUGCCAGGCGCUGAGAACCUUUUCAACGAUCCUGCGUUUCCGCAAACAAAAGCGGCAGAGCUCGAGUCAAUCACUGUGGAGAUUAUAGCUCUACAGGCUCGGCUGUGGGACAUGAGACGCACUGGCCGGCGGGUACAGCAAGUCUACGAAGAAGUCAUCAUGGAAGCUAUCAGCAUCGACGAUUCGCUCGUUGAAUGGCGACAAUCCAUCACAGACCCGAGGUGGCUACCUCAAUACGUUUAUCGCGACGACGUCGCGCCGUCGCUUCGAGCCGCGGGCUUCUACGGCGAGCAGUGCGCCGUCUGGCCUGACCUGAUCUUUGCCGAGAUGUCAAACCACUACUACCAGCGCCGCUUGCUCAACCUGCAACUGAUCCGCCAGGCGCUUGCUGAUAAUCCGAAUUUUCUCGCCAAACCCGAGAAUGUACAACUUCUACACACGACAGAUGCCACUGUCCAAUGUCUCGUCGAUGCCGUUUGCGACUGCAUCCCCUUCCACCUGGGCGAUACAGUCGUGCUCACGAACCCUGUAUACAGCGACGAGAUCAACUUCCCAAUCAAGACACUCAGGGAUGCGACUACUGGGGAGACUACCACCAUCCCAUACCAGAUUCCUGUCUACAAGACACGCGCCGCGGCAUCUGGCGGCUGGACGUUGUUCCCCUACGUCUGCGAGAUCUACCGGCUAGCCGAACCUGAAGACGAUGCAGCCCCAAUUGUUCUGCGCGAGGGACAGCUGGACUGGAUUAAGGGCCAAGUCAAGCGGAUGCAGAAGAUAUUCCUCUACUGCGAUCCGGUGUGGUAA